AUGAGGGAGAAUGGCGGGCCUGUAGUGACCGAUUUUAACUACACGCCCUCGCAUCAGAAACAGUUUUUACAGCCCGCGGUGGGUACCACUGUGAGUUCGCAUCAAGAUUUGAAGCAAAUUGUGGAAAUGACUUUGGGAUCUGAAGGUGUGCUCAAUCAGGCCGUCAAACUUCCCCGUGGUGAAGAUGAAAACGAAUGGUGUGCAGUGCAUUGUGUCGAUUUUUACAAUCAAAUCAACAUGCUUUAUGGAACGAUAACAGAAUUUUGCUCACCACAAAGUUGUCCAAGAAUGAUUGCAACAAAUGAAUACGAAUAUCUUUGGUGUUUUCAGAAGGGGCAGGUCCCAGUUGCUGUUUCAGCCCCCAAAUAUGUUGAAUGUUUGAUGAGAUGGUGUCAGGAUCAAUUUGACGACGAAAGCAUUUUCCCUGCAAAACUGUCUGGCCAGUUUCCCCCAAAAUUUAUCUCCAAAUACGUGGUUCAAAUGCUAAGAAGACUAUUUAGAGUCUACGCUCAUAUCUACUGUCAUCAUUUUAAUGAAAUCUUAGAACUGAAUCUACAAACGGUUCUGAACACAAGUUUCAGACAUUUCUGUCUCUUUUCGCAGGAAUUUGAGUUACUGAGACCGGCAGAUUUCGGCCCACUGCUUGAAUUAGUCAUGGAACUGAGAGACAGGUAA